UAUUUUUGGCCCAGCCGGGCUAUACUUCUUUACAGUGCAUGUUAUCUGUAUGAAAAGUUCCAUUUACGGACGCGAAUUCUAAAGGACAUUCGGUACUAGGUGAGCCGACCUGGGCGGAACACGCGAACAUCUCGCCGGACAACACGGCCUACGAAAAACCUCCGACUCCGGUGUGAUAAUACCAUUUCCCAAUGGUGAUGAAGCUUGCCUGCCUGCGCUGCAAGCGUAAGAAAAUCAAAUGUGACAAGGAGGAGCCAGCUUGCCAUCAAUGCGCUACCGCCAAAUCCGAAUGCCAGUAUGUAGAGCGACGUCAAAGGCCUCGACUUGCGCAGCAGAAAGUUGCAGUGCAACAUCUAACCCAAAGAUUGAAGCUGCUCGAGGAACAAGUUAGUCGUAACGGUGAUGGACAUUCAUCGUCUACGUCUGUGCCUUCAAGCCCGGAUGCUGCUCGAGAUAUCACACCUGUGCCGUCCCCUGAAGCCUCGUUGACGGUCGGUGAUGGCCAAGAAUCGUGGAUUUACCAACUUGCCACCGACACCAGACGUAACUUCCAGAACCAGAAAACUCCAGUCGCUAUACCGACGCCUCAGGUCGAUAAUGCAAUGCUCUCACUAAAUGAGGCUCUUGAUGACCUAGGAAAUCUUAGGGUCCGGGCAGAUAUGUUCGACGUCGACUUCAGUCUUUCUCCCGCAGAGUCGAAAGAGUGCAUUGAUGCAUUCGCGAACCUACUAAGCGCCAUGGUUGUGCCAGAUAUAUUCACUAUAUCUAUAGAUGUUCAGCUUUUCUAUGCACUUCCUAGCAUUAUAGAUUCUCCCUAUGUCCACAUUGAGCCAGGGAUCCGCGUCAUGUAUUAUAACGCGCUUUACUAUGGCCUCCAGCAGACUCGUGGCACAGGAUGCCCGCUCGUGCGAGCAGCAUAUAUGAAAGUCCUUGAGGCCGUACCUGCAUGGCUCGAGGCUUCGAACGAGACUAACAUGGAUGGACAUACAGCAGCCUUAACCUCAUGGACUGCAAUGAACAACCAAGAUUAUCAGUUGUCCUGGAAAUUCCAUUGCAAGUCCUGUCAUUACGUAAAGAUGAAAGGCAUUGACCAGCUCGACACAGUGCCUUCAAAAACGUUUGAGGAGGAGGGUGGAAGAGAUGUCCUUCGAUUCUUGUAUUGGCAUGUACUCUCCACUGAUACUCUAUUCCGCAUGUUCUAUGGAAAGCCUACUGUUGUACGAUGGUCACCAAACAAAGUCAGAGCACCAGCCUUGUUCCAUACCAAUAACAUGCACCCUUCCGCCCCUCAAGUUAUCGUUACGGUCGUUUGGGUACGAUAUACCCUCAUGACUGCAGAGAUGAUCAACUUCAUAGACAACAACGCUUCACACAAUCGCGAUGAGGUCAUUGCUCAAAAGGUUGACGACUUUUGUCUCCAGCUCGAAGAGCUAAUGGCCGAAUUUAAGUUGGAGUCACUGAUGGACGCCAAAGAAACUACCACCAACUUCCGCUGCCUCCUCGCAGAUCACAUAAUGAAUGUAUACGCUAUAAUCAUAGGAAUGCAACGGAUGGUAAAGACGACUGUGCAGGGACGACCUGUCAAUGCCAUUACAGUUCGCGCUGCUCGAAAGGUCGUGAGCAUCAUCCUUGACUUUAACACCGGUCCCCCUUUGGCCAAUGAGGCCAAAACUAUAUUCGAUCAUUUCAUAACGUUUUAUCCCUUCUGCGCCGUUUUUAGCCUUUACGAGUAUGUACUUGCAUGUACCGAUCCAGACGAUUGCGAGAACGACAUACGCUCGCUCGAGAAGGUCGGAACCGCAAUGGCGCAGGCCUCCACGCGACGAUGGGACUUUUUCCCGUUUGCAAAGACGAUUAACGCAUUAAACAAGGUGUCUAGAAGCAUGCAAGACGAGAAGCGCGCAGCCAGAGCAACAACUGCGAUGGGUGGUGAGGGAACGCAUAUUCCCCCCAUGCAAGGAGUCAACUUUCCAACCUCAAGUCUCGAUAACUUUCAGAACCUCGUGGCAAGUGAAUUGCCUCACUUUGAUGCUGCGUCGUUUCCUUCGCUGCCUGACUUCCCAAUGACACUCGAUGGCGAUUUCUAUCCGCCUGGCUUCGUAAGAGCUUUGGAAACCGAUUUUCAGAAUCGAAAUUGGCAUGACAACUGGUGGGAUUUAAGCGGUGGUGCUGGUGAGGACGGACCAGCAAUCCCUUAAGGUAACUAUCAAACUUGUCCACACCGGGGCUCUGCACACACCACUGUACAUUGUUCCCCCGUCGCGAGUCGCUCCACCCUCCCGCAUCCCCAAUAACUUCC